AUGCCACGGUUUUUCAGAGUAACGUCUUUUGCGGUCAUAGCCUCACUUUUGGGCACGUCAUACUACUAUUACGCUGUGCAGCGUUCUUUAUACAAGGAAGCGGAAUGGUAUAAAAUAACAAGCAGAACACAAGACCUUAUUGACCGUAAGGCAGACAUCCCAGUCCGCCCAGUGUCAAUAAACUCACAGGAGUACGUGGUACGUACCAGCCAAGAAACAAUAAAAGAUAUUUGGAAUGAACAAAUACGAAACAUCGUACAAUGGAUCUACUCGUGGAGCCACUAG